GUGGUGCAGUAGUACUACGAGUGCAAACGACUUAUUUUUCUUGUCAGAAACGUGAUAAUCCCGGUACCGGAAACAGGAAACGAAGUUUGGCGAGCAUGCGCGCACAGCCGCCAAAGUCACAUGACGGAGUAGAAACCACCAUGGCAGGAGCAAGGGAUCGUAUGCAAAGCACUCAUCGCAUCAAGGAUGCAGAGAAGGAGACGGAGUUCGGAUAUGUCUAUGCUGUGUCAGGACCUGUUGUUACAGCACAGCAGAUGUCUGGCUCAGCUAUGUACGAGUUGGUGCGUGUUGGACACUCAGAGUUGGUGGGUGAGAUAAUUCGUCUAGAAGGUGACAUGGCCACCAUCCAAGUCUAUGAAGAUACUUCUGGUGUUACCGUUGGUGAUCCUGUACUCCGCACAGGCAAACCACUGUCUGUAGAGCUUGGCCCAGGAAUCAUGGGCAGCAUCUUUGAUGGAAUCCAGCGUCCCUUGAAGGACAUCUGUGACUUGACGGAGACUAUCUACAUUCCUAAAGGCAUCAACACCCCAUCGCUGGAUCGUAAGAAGACAUGGGACUUUGACAGUCUACACGUAAAGGUUGGCAGUCAUAUCACUGGUGGUGACAUAUAUGGAGCAGUUCAUGAAAACACCCUCAUCAAACAUCGAUUGAUGCUGCCACCGAAAUGUAAAGGGACGGUUACGUUCAUUGCGGAACCAGGAAAUUAUACAAUUGAGGAUGUUGUGUUGGAGACCGAGUUUGAUGGUGAAAAAACGCAAUACAGUAUGUUACAAGUGUGGCCUGUACGUCAGAUGAGGCCUGUCAGUGAGAAGCUAGCUGCAAACUACCCACUGCUAUGUGGACAGCGUGUCCUUGAUUCGUUAUUUCCAUGUGUUCAGGGUGGAACGACAGCCGUUCCAGGUGCCUUCGGAUGUGGCAAGACAGUCAUUUCGCAAUCUCUCUCAAAGUAUUCCAACAGUGAUGUUAUUGUGUAUGUUGGCUGUGGAGAGCGUGGCAACGAGAUGUCUGAAGUAUUGAGAGAUUUCCCCGAGCUGACCAUUGAUAUUGGCGGUGUGACUGAAUCAAUCAUGAAGCGUACGGCCCUUGUAGCAAACACCUCGAACAUGCCUGUAGCAGCAAGGGAGGCCUCCAUCUACACUGGUAUUACCCUGUCUGAGUAUUUUCGAGACAUGGGAUACAACGUAUCGAUGAUGGCAGAUUCAACAUCACGAUGGGCUGAGGCAUUGAGAGAAAUCUCUGGACGUCUUGCUGAGAUGCCGGCUGAUGCUGGUUAUCCAGCUUACUUGGGUGCCAGGUUGGCUUCCUUCUACGAAAGAGCAGGAAAAGUUAAAUGUCUUGGAAACCCAGAGAGGGAGGGAAGUGUUACCAUUGUUGGAGCUGUGUCUCCCCCUGGUGGUGACUUUGCUGAUCCUGUUACGGCUAACACCCUCAGUAUCGUGCAGGUAUUCUGGGGUCUUGACAAGAAACUUGCCCAGCGUAAACACUUCCCAUCGAUCAACUGGCUCAUCAGCUACAGCAAGUACAUGAGAGCACUUGAUGACUUUUAUGAGAAGAACUACCCUGAUUUUGUUCCUCUCAGAACCAAGACCAAAGAGAUUCUGCAGGAAGAAGAAGACUUGUCUGAGAUCGUACAGCUGGUGGGAAAAGGCUCCCUGGCCGAGUCUGAUAAGAUCACACUUGAGGUAGCCAAACUCAUCAAGGAUGAUUACUUACAACAGAAUGGUUACACACCCUAUGACAGAUUCUGUCCAUUUUAUAAAACAGUGGGCAUGCUACGGAACAUUAUCACAUUCUAUGAUCUGGCACGUCAUGCAGUUGAAGCAACCGCCCAGAGUGACAACAAGAUCACAUGGUCCAUCAUCAGGGAGAGUAUGAGUGACACGCUCUACAAACUAAGCAGUAUGAAAUUUAAGGAUCCAGUCAAAGAUGGCGAGGCUAAAAUCAAAGCAGACUUUGAGGAGCUGUAUGAGGAAAUGGCACAAGGUUUCAGGAACCUGGAAGAUUAGGCCCUGCUUCAGCAUUAUAAAAACAACCUAAAUUAUAAGAGUCUGUAGACUCCAUUUAUAAUACUUCACUGACAUUUUUUCUUGUUGUUUUGGCAUCGGUUGUUAGAUAUAAAAAAAUAUGAUGAACCUCCACAGUGCUAUAAAUUCACUAGCUACCAAUCAAAAAUAAUAAUUGCGAGGAGUUACCAGUGAAAAACCAUUUGCUUGGAUGUGUACAUGCCAAGUUCGUCAUCCCUAUAAAAACUAAUUAAGUAGGCCAGGCACAAUAAUGUGACUGUUCACUGAAGCUACAGCCAGGUCCAGAAGUAUGUAUCGGUUUUGGCACCUUACGAACUGAUAAGGAACCGGCCAGAAACAAAUAGUCGCCUUGUGUAUUGCACGGUUUGUACAUCAAAUCUAUAGCCGCGAUGACCUACUGACCGACAAUCAUUGGCCGACUUGACACGACGAUAUGAACCGAGGAUGAUGAACCGACACGAAUCGGGGAAAAAAAUUACGGGCUGCGUCCUCACCAAUGACGUGAUGCCGGGCGGGCGGGGCAAACAUUUAUUUAAUUCAGAACACCAGGAUAUUUUGGCCUUCAUGAUUGGCAGCAAUUAACAACCCAGAAGAUAAUAAUCCAAAGCUCUCCAACAACAUUUAAGUCCAAGGCGCAAUUUCUGUGCUGGCAAACUUGCAAACUUAUCCUGACAACUGCCCACCAAUGGCGGCCUAAUCAAAAAAAACAUGCAUCCUCGCAUCCAGUUCAAUCUAGAAUCUGCAACUGCUUUUCCCUAUGCUAUUCACAGUGAUAUCUUUUGAUUUGACCUGGAAUCGGGGUUCACCAUCUGCAUCUCAUUUUGAUUAGAAUCGGCCCAGUUUUAGGAGUCAGUCGUAUCAAAUUUCAACAUCUUGCGAACACAUCAAUGGACUCGCCGCUAUAAAUCAUCUAUGGCAAUUUAUCAUCCUGGCGCUUUUGAUCUUCAGACUUGCCGCUUCUUGGAGGGCGAUUCAGCAGUUUCACUGCUGAUCAUAACGUCAGGAGACAGCUGUCAAUUAAUGACAGGCCGCAUAAAAUUCAACUUUCCUUCUUUUUUGAAGGAAUUACCAAUGUCUAUUUUAAGAAGUAGUUUAAUAGUUAACAUUUCAUCCAAAUUUGAUUUACGGACUCUCUCAAAACAAAUAUUUGAGAUAAAGGCGCAAGGCGCGGGGACAGCAUAUAGAACAUUCUCCACGUACAGAGACUGGAGAUGCAACUAAUCAAUAUGCAAAUAAACACCUGUUUCUUAUCAUUGUGAUGCGUACCUUGGAGUAAUCAGCCUAUAGUUUGGUUGCUCUGUGCGUACACUGCACAUUUUUUAGGCAGUUUGUCUUGGAGUGAAGUGUACCUGUGUGUUCUGUGGAAUGCAUCAUUGAAAAUAUGUUGCAAUAGAAGAGUUUGUCUUUUCAUAGUUCACUCUAAUUUUGCUGGAAAGAAGUGUACACAUGCAUUGAUUUGUGUGUUGUGUCCUCGCAUUUUGUUUGGACGGGCGGCGUAGCCGGGACUACCGGGUUGGACUAGAGAAUUAUUUUUUCGAUCAUUUUGGAUGGGCUGUUUUGGAUAGAUACCGGCAGGUAUUAGAUUGGAGAAAAAUGGUAAGAUAAAGGGCCUUUUUUGAUCGUCCACCUGACCUUUCCACCAGUAGUUUUCCCGCGAACAUCAUCUGUCAUUCUGUUGCGUGAUGACAGGACCGGGCCUCGGUCAAUGUCAGUGAUCGCAGUCAUGACACGAUAGAAUCCAGCCAGAGUAUUGAUUAGGAACCGACCGAACUGGCGAUAUACUGACCAAAGAAAAUCAAUACACGAACCGAUAAAAUCAGAACUAUGAACCGACGAUUAUAAGGACACGGACCGCGGUUCAGUCUGUGAUUUGUCAGUUCAUCGUUGUGUCAUACUCAAAUAAUAGCGUUACGAACCGACCAGGAAAUGAUGAGAAUACGGUACAAUGCGAUACAUACUUGUUGACCUGGCUGUAGAUUAAAGGCCAAACUGAAGCACAUUGGUUGAUGUAAGAGUUCCCAAGUGGUCUCAGAAUAUUAAUGUUUUUAAGGAAAAACAAUUUUAAGUCUUGUUUUGAUUGCAGCAGACCUCGGUGUUGCAACUAAGAACGGCUAGCUUUAAAUUUGAUGGCAAAAUUUAAAAUACAGACUGUUUUAGAAGAACAACCACUUAAGUUUGCUGGUUUAAGGAAUUUUAAACCAAUACAAACAGGAAAUCCAGAUUUAUAUUUUCAUAAAGUCUAUGUAUACACAUACAAACGUUUUCAGUGGCAUCCUGCUAGCGCUCAUCAGAUAUAGUGAGUAACUAUUAUCGAAACAAGCAUUUAUCGUAAACAAGACCAUUGGCAUUACAUAUAAAUACACAAUUGUAAGUAGAGUACACAACAGGUCAGGAUUAGAGGGAUUUAAAAAAUUCCUAAAAAGAAGAAUGACACUUUUUGAGCUAGUUGUUUGUUUAGGACUGGCUUUUGUUCCUUAAAUGAGUAAAGCUACUUUGAUUAUCAACACAUAAUAAGACUGGGUGGUGAUCAACACAGAGAAAUUAUCUUGGUUUGAAUU